UUGUCAAAAGUGGAGUACAGUAGGUGUGGAAAGCAGUACAGCGACGCUGUCUUAUAUAAUCACUACGUACUCACUGCAUCUGCCUCUUAAUUUCAGUGUCUUCAAAAUCAUAGUGUAUGAUCAAGCAUGGAGAAGAUGCCUGGAAUGGCGCCGCCGCCGUCACCAUCCCCGGCAGACGGCAUGCAGCAUCACACCACGACCUCGUCCUCUCAUCAUGCCAUGAUCAUGCGCAUGACAUUUUUCUGGGGCAAGAACGCUGAAAUUCUCUUCUCUGGGUGGCCCGGAACAAGCACAGGGAUGUACGUUUUGGCCCUCAUAUUCGUCUUCCUGCUUUCGGUCAUGGACGAGUGGCUCUCCCAGUGCGGAAGAAUCGACGUCGAAGGUCGCGGCAAAGUUUCUGGUGGUUUGAUUCGGACAGUGGUGCAUGGAGUGAGGAUUGGUGUGGGCUAUCUUGUGAUGCUAGCCGUCAUGUCAUUCAAUGUGGGUGUGCUGAUUGUUGCUGUGGCAGGACACGCUUUUGGGUUCUUUCUCUUUGGUACAAGAGUUUUCAAGAAAUCUGGUACUGAUUCGGACAAGGGUUUUUCUCUUCCCACCGGUUGCUGACAGGGGUGGGAUUGUGCUUGCCCAUGGAUUUCAAUCUCACUUCAUCAUCAUCACAAUCAUCCAUUCCCUAAUUUAUUAUAUAUAUGAAUUGCCCUCGUUUAAAAUUAUAAUUUUAAAUUUAUGUUGCAGUCUUUGCCACUGGAGCCCAACAAUGGUAUUAGAUUUUAGGUUCAUGGAAAUGUGCAUAAUGUUUGGAUUCAUUUUUGGAGUGUUUUAUUGUGUUUUAUAGAGAUAGAGAGAAAAAAAAUAGAUAAAUAAGUAUGUGUUAGAAAUAAUAUAUAUGUUUGAUUUGUUUUUAGAGAUAACU